AUGUCGUCGCUAUGGUAUCUCGUGACAGAUUGUAUUUUGCUUUUCAUAUUUGCCUGGAUUAUUGAAGAUUGCAUUUUGGCAUUGGGUGUUGAGCCUCCUAUUCCAGGCAUUAAGCAAAUUCCAAGCUAUCCUAUUGUUGGUAACUUGUUGCAAGUGAAAAAUAACCCAGCCAAAGUGUACCUCAAGUGGUCAAAGUUCUACAAAGUUCCUGUUUUUCAAGUACGUUUGGGGUUCCGAAACAUUGUGGUUGCGAAUUCAUACCAAAGCGUGGAAUUUUUGUGGGGUAAAAGUGCCAGUGCGAACAAUUCACGGCCGACUCUGCACAUUUUUCAUAAUAUUGUUUCACAAUCUCAAGGUUUCACUAUUGGCUCUACACCAGCUAGCUCGUCUCUCUUCAAGACAAAGCAAGCACUAUCUCUGGAAUUGAAUCGGAAAUCUGUGAAUAUGAUAGCAGAACAACUUGACCAACAGGUAAAGUAUACCUUGCGUAUGAUAAUCAGAAACAAUGUUGAACUAAAAGGCUCUCCUUCGACGUUUUUGUCUCAUGUUAGAAGCCGAUUGUCUGAUAUUGAUUUAUUACCCUAUUUCCAACUUUUUGCUUUGAGGUCUGCAAUCCAGCUUACAUAUGGGAUAACCCUUGAUUGUUAUGGCAAACAUGGCAGGAUAUCUCAGGAGAUUAUUGAGGUGGAAAAUCAGAUUAUUAAAUUACGAGGCCAGGGAUCCUGGUUGCCCGAUUUUCUACCCUUUUUGAAAUAUUUCGGCAACUGGGAAUUACUGGCAUCAAAGUAUCGGCUUCGUCGAGACAAUUAUAUGAAUGAAUUGUCAAGGGAUUUCAAGAAGCGGUAUUCUAACAAUGACGCUGCUGCGAGAACUAGCUUACUUGGAAGGCUUUAUAAGAACAGCUCACAUUUAGCGCACCACGAACUCAACUCAAUUUGCUUAACUAUGGUGAGCGCUGGUCUUGAUAACACCCCCUUAACUAUCAAUCAUUUGAUGGGCCACUUAUCACGACCAGACUAUGGCUAUGCAUUACAACAAGUUGCGUUUUCGCAGCUUUUGAAUUGUUAUGGUGAUAUAAAUGAUGCUUGGAAUAAUUGUGGAACAAACAUGGAAUGCAAUUUUGUCGUUGCAUUAGUCCAAGAAGCUCUUCGUUUCUUUACGGUUCUUCCACUAAGUCUCCCUAGAAAAACGACUAAAGUGAUCAAGUUCAACGGAGUAGUUAUUCCAGAAGGCGCGGUGCUAUACAUGAAUGCUUACGCUGCCAACCACGAUUCAGAGAAGUUCCUGAACCCCAUGAAGUUUGACCCAUUUAGAUGGCUCGUUCCUAGAACUAUGAAAUUGAAAGAUCGAAGAGAGAUGGAUCAUUUUGCUUUCGGUGCUGGCUCACGAAAGUGUUCUGGAAACAUUUUAGCCACACAAGAAAUGUAUUCAAUGAUCUGUCGCUUAAUCUUGAUCUUCAGAAUCCGCCGACCUAUAGAAGAAGCCAUGGAAUUGGAUCCGUUUGAAAGCAAUGCAUGCCCAUCAGCUACAUCUUUCGAACCUAAACGGUUCAAAGUUCAUUUGGAACCUCGAUGCCAUGAAGGAAGCGAGGUAUUGUAUAGGCUGUUACAGUAA